UGGAGUCACUUUCUCUCACAAGAGGACUCCUCUGUGGCAGAGCAAGCCUCACGUCCAAGCCAAGGAUGCUGUCCUGGCCUACUCCAUUAUAUAUUUCAUUAUAGCAUCCUCCGGAGACUUGGACGACCGCUACAACUCCUGCAUCUAUCUACCACCUUUGUUUGAUUGUACAGGUUGAGGCUGAUGCUAUCACAAAAAUAAGUGGGAAAGAUGCGUGUUGACCUUCAUUUCCGGAUUAUAACGUCCAGUUGUGUAACGACAGUCCCAACACAUAUCACCCCCUCCUCUCUAAAUCAAUGUCUUCUUUGUCGGCACAGGAAGUAAACUACAUUAAUACUGGCUACUGGGGGCUUCUCAUAUCCUCAAUGUCUGAUCAUUUUGUAUCCCAUCCGAAAAAAAAAGUUGACAUCUAACUAGUUUUCUGGGGUGUUCGCUGGUACAAGGCUACCAUUACUUCCAGAACUACAAUGAUCGAUGGUACUUGAAGGCAAUGGUUUGGACUAUGCUCGCACUUGAUAUCAUGUCAUGGGCAUUCUUUGCGAAAAUGAUGCAUUUCUAUCUGGUACAAAAUUUUGAUCGUCCAUCCCAGAUCUCCAUUCUAUUCUGGGGCAACAGUGCAGGGACAUCGGUAGUAUACGUGGUCCAACCAAUUGCCCAGUUAUUCUUCGCACACCAAAUACGCGCAGUUAGCAAUAAGAAGACUUGGAUCCUGUCUGUUUUGAUAGUGAACUUCCCCCUUUGCUCCUAUUUCAUAAUGAUAUUCAUUUUA